AUGGCGACUUCGACGCGUAAAUCCUUGCACUUUUUCGUGAAGAAGGUUCAUCCGGAUUUGAGCCAGACGUUGUAUCAAAUGCAAAAGUGUCUGGGUCUGGAAGAAUGCAACUUGUAGUGCGUAUUUCAGAACACAGAAAAGUCUCUUAUGCAUACGCAGCAAAAGCUGCCCACUUUCUGUCAGCAAAAUAGGGGACUUGUCAUACGGAUUCGGCAUUGCGGAAGCUUCUCAAAACCUGUGAUGCUAGAGCUUCCAUGCCAGACCUUCUGCGUCAUGCAAAAACAGCAUUACUCUUCCCGACCCAGACAUUUUUACAUUUGAUACGUUACCUGCCCACGCAAAGCGGAUCAACCAGCAGAGCCUGAUGGUGUUGAACCAGUGGAUUGAUCGGAUCGACUGCAGUUCAGCCACCAAUGCGGGUGGAGGAUUGUCUGAAAGCAACAAUGCGGGAGGGCGCGGUGGUGCGGACGGCGAGAAUUCACUGCGCGCACCAUUUGUGCAGACCACGCUGGCGUUUUUCCGUCCGGUGACGCGGCGCAGCACCGGCGAGGUUUUGCCGAACCGCGCUGCGCCCUUGUCGCUGGAGCUACCGUCGCUACCGCCGGGGAGACCGCCUUUCGCGCUGCGUGACCGUCUGGUCUCUGACUUGCUACACCAAGCCGAGACCGCCUUGGAAACAAGCUCGCUAGCCGCGCGGUUCCGCGGAAACAUUGAUCCUGCAACGUGGCCGCAAUUCGCGCACCCCGCACUGGGGCUAUUCCGCCGCCCAGGAAACAAUCAGAGUUCUGCUCAUACGAGCACACAUGAGCACGAAAGCGGCAGAUCAGAACACCCCGGAGUAAGUAGAGACGGGUCCACGACAGCUGCCUCGAAUCCAGGAUGCGACUUCAGCACGGGGUCGCCGCAGCAGCAGCGCUUCGAGAAGUUCAGCGAUCUGUGGCACUCGCAGACGCACGAGACGAUGUUUAAGGAUAGUCUGUACGAUGAUCCGGCUGCGACGCGGCGCUGGGCUGCCAUGGAAUCGUUUCGUCGCAAGUAUCGCGCGCAGUACUUGCGCAAGGCGUUGAAGACCAAAACCAAGCAGGCACGGCGGAAGCGGCUGGAAGCAGUCUCCGCCCACGUCGAGGCCAGGGUGCGCGAAAAGUUUGGCACCGCGUACUCAGAAAAAGAAGUACACGAAGAAGGUGGAAAUACAGGUGCAGGCGAGGCAUGCAGCCCGAAGGAGGGAGCUGAAAGCGAAUCGGUAGCGGGAGUUGGAGUAGACACCAGUAGAAUGCGGGUCCGGAUGAUUGAGGACGGCUACCACCCGGAUCUGGUAUUCAUGGAGCCGGGACUGACGGCCUCGCAGCGCCAGGAGGGCAUGCGGCGGUGCUGUGGCAUGCAUCUGUCAACACCGCCACAGGGUGCUGGCAUGCUUAGCGGUCAAGGUCUCAGCGAGGAUGUUGAUGACAGUUUUGGCAAAAGUUGCAACGCAGAGUUUUGGCUGCUACGAAAUUUGCUGACCGCCAUGCGUGCGGACCCGGGUGCCCGCAUUCCCUUGGUUUUGUGUGCAAACGAAGAGGAUUAUCGGGCCGAGCGCGGCUGCGUCUUCGUGCCCUGGAAUUUCGAAGUUGCCGGACUGUGCACUCUGCUCGAGGAGGAACUUGAUGUGCUCCGCAGCGAUAUUUCCCGACGCCUGCAAAGAACAUCGGCAUCUCGAACCCAUCCUGAACGAAGUAACAGAAACAAUAUGUGUACGGUAGCAGCAGGAGGGGCAAUCGCAUGAGGAAGAUGCGGCGUUUACGAUCGAAAUAGAACAGCAAGAAGGCAACGUAGGCAUUUCUUGUAGUGAUGUUCAGUGGGGAGUAGGAUGCGCACCUGCUGCCACCGCCUCUUCAGAGCCGGCACGGGGCAAAUUAGACUGUUCACGAACCACGUAAGAUUAAUUCAGUAUCGAUGAGACGAAGAGCACGAGGAUACCCUGGCACUAACCAGCUGCGCUUGCGAAAUGCAGCUGGAAUUGGUCUGAGAGAGAGUCGAGGGUUGGGGUGUUUAUCUCCGAUCCACGUUGACAGGGGAAUGUCGCGUAAGUAAUGCUACCGCUCUUAUGAGCGAUUGCAGUGCCGGACCCGGAGCAUUGAUAUUGUGGCUCUCUGUAGUAGUUGCGCUCCUGAACAACUAUACUGGCUGCGCGACAAAUAAUUCUACUUGCUCUCGAAACGGCGUACAGUUGUUUGAGUUUUGCGAGCACACUUCAUCAAAGCUCGAUCUAGGACGAAGUAAAGGCCGACUGUGCCGUCAGUUUUGACUCAUGCUGGGGGCUGUGGCGCGGCGAGCCGGCGGUCGCGUCGCGUCGCGGCGCUCCAACAAUUGGCGGGAGAAAACUCGACCGAAAACCGGGAAAACACAAAAAAAAGAAGCAAAAUGCGAAAAAAAGCUGCAAAAAACGCGAAAAAAAGCCGCAAAACGCGAAAAAAAGCUAUGAAACGCGAAAAAGAGCUGCAAAACGCGAAAAAAGGUUGCAAAGCGCGAAAAAAAGGCUUUCUCUAAGCAGUUGCGACGGGGCCGCUUUUGUUUCCCUCCCGCGAAGGAACCGGCCCGGAAGCCUUUCCAAUUUCCC